AUGAAUACCUCUUCAUCAAUGAAUAGUCCCGAAUUCAUAGAGAUACAGACAAAUAUUACGAGCAGGAAUGAGGAACAGAGAAACGUGGGAGUGGAGCUUUUCAAAUCACAGGUAGAGAAAUUAUACCGUGAAUAUUCAGCAGAAAACUUUAGCAAGUUAAUAGAUGACAUAUAUAAAUGGAUUGGGGAGUUAUUGAGUUCUAGAGAGUUGAAUGACCGUAUAGCUGCCAUCAUACUGAUAGACGUUCUAAUCGACAUUAAGUAUGAUGAUCAGAGAAAAAUCAAUAGAACACGAUUUUCCCAAUACCUAAGAAAUAUUCUUGCCAAUCAAUCAAACGAAUCCCAAAUUGUUCUCAUGGUUGCCAAGACUUUUGGUAAACUCGCAAGAGCAAGUGACUCAUCAACAUCAAAAACACUGACUGCUGAAUGGGUUGAAUUCGAAAUUAAAAGAGCAUUGGAAUGGCUCAAAGGUGACGAUAACAACAAUAAGAAGAAUGACGACGGAAAGCGAUAUGCCGCAGUUUUUGUUCUGAAAGAAUUGGCAGAAAAUGCACCAACACUUUUCUAUGGACACGUACAAAGUUUUCUGAGUGUCAUAUGGAAUGGUCUAACUGAUGUAAAUGUUGGUGUUAGAACUGGUUCCGUACAGGCUUUGCACGCUGUUUUAGGACUCAUCUCUGAACGUCCGACCAACUUUCGUAACAUUUGGUACCAAGAUAUUUACAAUCAAACAAAUAGUAAUUUCAAGAAUACAAAAACAGAAGUUGUGCAUGGAGCUUUGUUAGCAAUUGGCGAGUUAUUGGGAUUUGCAGGAAAUGUACUUAAGGAUGAAUUUGACACUAUUUGUAAAACCAUUCUUGAUUUUCAACAACAUAGAGAUAGAAUGGUGAGAAGAGCUGUCAUUGAGCUGAUUCCAGUUUUGGCGAAAUUCUAUGGUGAGCGUUUCAAUGAAAAAUAUCUUCACAAGUCCAUCAAUCUCAUACUGGAUGCAAUCAAGAACGGAUUUGAAAGACAACCAUCAUUCCUCGCAUUGGGUGAGUUGACCACCCGUGUCGGCCAACCUAUCAAGAAAUAUGUGGACGAUAUUUUUAAUGUUAUCACAGAGUAUGGACUGAAAAUUAAGAAGAAAAACUUCUGUGAAGAGGCUUUGACAUGCAUUAGUGACAUUUCAAAAGCAGUAGGAGAAACUGUCUCGGUGCGUAUUUUGCAUUUGCUUCCUUCCAUGUUUGCUGGCGGUUUAUCACCAGCAUUAAUUCAAUCUCUCACAAUUAUUUCUAAGGAGAUUCCAGCCUUGCUUCAACCAAUUCAAAAACGUGUCUUGGAUACCAUUUCUCAAAUUUUGGCAAGACAACCCUUCAAUACUCUCAAUCCUGUGACUCCUCCAACACAAUUUGCUCCUCAUAUCGAAGCCUCACUUUAUAGUACCCCUACCAUUGUUUUUGCUCUCAAAACAUUGGGCAGUUUCAAUGUCAAGGGUCACAAUUUAAUAGAUUUUGUUCAUGAUUGCGUUGUGAAAUAUCUGGAUGAUGAUAUUCCAGCCAUUAGAAAGGAAGCAGCAAAAACUUGUUGUCGACUUUUAGUGAGUCAAGGAAAACCACCUGUUAAAGGUCAUUUUGGAUCAGUCGUUGGAGAUGUUCUUGCUAAACUGUUAAUUGUUGGUAUUACUGAUACCGAUUUUACCAUUCGAUAUGCAGUAUUAUCAUCAUUGGAGCCAAAAUUCGAUCACUAUUUGGCACUAUCAGACAAUUUACGAUCCUUAUUUAUUGCUUUAAAUGACGAAGUAUUCGAAAUUCGAGAAGUUGCAAUUUCUAUCAUUGGUAGAUUGAGCAUUAGAAAUCCUGCAUUCGUAUUACCAUCACUGAGAAAAGCUCUCCUUCAACUAUUAACAGAGUUGGAAUAUAGCCAAGAUUCUAGAAGUAAGGAAGAGAGUGCCAGAAUGCUUGGACAUUUAAUUGUUGCAGCUCCUCGGUUAAUUAAGCCAUAUGUCUCCAGUGUUCUUAAAGUUCUCAUGGAACGCAUUAAGGACAAUAAUCCAAAUGUUUCUUCAUGCGUUUUGGAUACUACCGGAAAGCUUGCAGAAGUUGGUGGAAUGGAUAUUGCAGAUUUUAUUGAUGAUUUGCUACCAUCGGUGAUUGAAACAUUGCAAGAUCAAAGCUCAUCAGUUAAGAGAGCAAUGGCUGUGAAGACACUUGGACAAAUUGUGGCCAGCACUGGUUAUGUCAUUACUCCUUACAUCAAAUAUCCUAAUUUAUUGACUUUACUGUUAGCAAUCCUCAAAUCUGAGGAAGAUUGGUCAACAAGGAGAGAAAUAAUCAAAGUGUUGGGUAUCAUCGGAGCGAUUGAUCCAUAUCAACACAAAGUUCAACUCGAGUCUGCGAAAGAGAAUAUGGACACGAGCAGUGACAUUAUCCCAGGUUUGAGCCCUUCUUCUGAAGAAUAUUAUCCUACCGUUGCUUUCAAUGCUCUCAUUAGAAUUUUAACGGAUCCGUCAUUAUCAUUGCAUCAUCUUUCUGCCAUUCAAGCGGUAAUGUUUAUUUUCACAAGUUUGAAUAUGAAAUGUGUACCAUUUUUACCUCAAGUCAUGCCUCCAUUCUUGAAUUUGAUUAGAAAUUGUGAGCCAAAUAUUCGAAACACAGUAUUCCAACAAUUGAGUUUGCUCGUGUCCAUUGUAAAGCAACACAUUAGAAAUUAUUUGGAUGAAAUUUUUGUCCUCAUUCAUGAUUUUUGGGACAGCUCUUCAUCGGAUACAGAUUUUAAAGAACAAAUUAUUUCUCUCGAGGAAGAGAUAUGUACAGCAUUGAAUGAGCAAUUCAAACCAUAUUUACCUGAUGUAAUUCCUCAACUUUUGAGCGUGCUUCAAACUCCUCCACAACCUAAACCAGCAAAGAAAGCUUUGCAUGCGCUUAUUGUUUUUGGACGACAUUUGGAAGAAUAUUUGUAUUUAGUCGUUCCAACAGUUGUCAAACUCUUUGAAGCUCCAACUGCCACACCCGUUUUAAAGAAAGAAGCCAUCCGAUGUAUUGGAAAAUUGAGUAGAAUUUUGAACUUUUCAGAAUAUUCCUCUAGAAUUAUUCAUCCACUUUCUCGUGUUCUGAAAGUACAGAAUGCUGAGAUUCGACAAGAGGCAAUGGAUACAUUAUGUAAUAUUAUUCACCAAUUAGGAAGUGAUUUCUCAAUAUUUAUUCCAAUGGUGACCAAAGUCUUAACGCAAUAUAACAUUACUCAUCAAAGAUAUAAUGAACUCAUUUUCCAUUUACUCAAAGGAUUACCACUUCCAAAUAUACCGGAAGACGAGGAUGAGACUGGACAUUCUCUCUCAGGUGAAGAUACUUCCACAGAGAUCAAGAAAAUGGUGAUCAAUCAAAACAGUUUGAGAAAAGCAUGGGAAGCUUCUCAAAGAGCAACGAAAGACGAUUGGAUUGAAUGGAACAGAGGUUUCUCUGUCGAGUUGUUGAAGGAGUCUCCAUCUCCUGCAUUGAGAUCCUGCUCUGCACUUGCUCAAGUUUAUCAUCCUCUCACUCGAGAGCUUUUCAAUGCAGGAUUUGUGAGCUGUUGGUCUGAAUUGGAUGAUAAGGCACAAAAUGAAGUGGUUCGUGCUCUUGAAAUGGCUUUUUCAUCACCAGAUUUACCUCCUGAAGUUCUUCAAACAUUACUCAAUUUGGCAGAAUUUAUGGAACAUGAUGAAAAUCCUCUACCAAUUGCUAUUAGUGCCUUGGGUGCACUUGCUGAAAAGUGUCAAUGUUAUGCAAAAGCAUUGCACUAUAAGGAAAUUGAAUUCCAACAAAAUCCAAGCGCUCUCAUUGAAGAUUUAAUCAGUAUUAACAAUCAACUUCAACAACAUGAAGCUGCCAUGGGUAUCUUGAAAUAUGCUCAAAAGAAUCACAGUAUUGAGUUGAAAGAAUCAUGGUAUGAGAAACUUCAAAGAUGGAAAGAAGCCUACGACGCCUACAGUAUCAAACAAAAACAAAAUCCAUAUGAUCAAAGUUUGACAUUGGGCAAAAUGAGAUGUCUCAAAGCAAUUGGAGAAUGGGAAAAACUGUUUAAAUUAUGUCAAGACUCAUGGAAUUCUGUGAGUGAUAGCAUUAAGGAAGAGAUGGCACCAAUGGCAGCUGCUGCAGCUUGGAAUUUAGGUGAAUGGGAAAGCAUGAGAAAUUAUGUGAAUAUUCUAAGUGAGGAUACAAGUGAAGGUGCCUUCUUUAGAGCUAUUUUAGCCAUUCACCAAAAGGAUCACCACAAUGCACAAGUUUUGAUUGAUAAUACACGUAAAGUGCUUGACACAGAAUUGGCAGCUCUGGUUGGAGAAAGUUAUAACAGAGCAUAUGAUAUUAUUGUUACUGUACAGCAAUUGUCUGAAAUGGAAGAAAUCAUUCGAUAUCAAAGAGCUGAAGAUGAAGAAACCAAAUCAAUCAUCCAUCAAAUAUGGAUUAACAGAUUGGCAGGAUGUAAGAGAAAUGUGGAACAUUGGCAAAACAUCUUAUCUGUUCGAAAAUUAGUCAUUCCUGAAAGACAAGAUCUCUCUACAUGGCUCAAGUUUGCCUCUAUUUGUAGAAAAUCAAACAAGAUCAAAAUGAGUGAGAAGAUUCUACAAAAAUUGGUUGAUGGAAUUAUAUUGAGCGAAGAACCUGAGAAGCUUUUAGUGUCGCCAGAUGUACAUCCAAAGAUUUCCUAUGAAUACUUUAAACACAUGUGGGCAGAAGGUAAACAAAUGAAGGCAUUCGAACUCAUGAAUCAAUUUGUAUAUAAUAUCCAAUGUGACAAUCAAUUGAAGGCUAGGGCAUGUUUAACAUUGGGACAAUGGCAAAAGGUUUUGUAUAGACAACAUGGCGGUUUAGACGAGAGCAAACUUCCUCAAAUAUUGUCGCAUUUCAAGGCAGCAACAGAUUUUGAUAAGGAAUGGUACAAGGCUUGGCAUGAAUGGGCACUAUUGAACUCUGAAGUUGUUUCUCAUGUCGAAAAGAAACAACAAGGCACUGCCAGAAGUAUGGAGUCCAUGACCAUUUAUUUGAUUUCCGCCUUGACUGGAUUCUUUAACUCAAUUAAUCUCAGUCCAGACCGAAAUUCAAGCUUACAAGAUAUUUUACGUUUGUUGACAUUGUGGUUCAAGCAUGGUGCCAUGAAAGAAAUUGAAAAGACCUUGGUGGAUGGUUUCAAUACAGUCAGUAUUGACACUUGGCUUGAAGUAAUCCCACAAAUCAUUGCUCGUGUCAACUCACAUGUUGGUCCCGUACGUAAAUUGAUUCAUAAGCUCCUUUCAAAGGUUGGCAAAGUGCAUCCUCAAGCGCUGGUGUAUCCAUUGACUGUCUGUUCUUACUCGCAGUCAUCGUCAAGAAAGAAAGCUGCGGAAUCAUUGUUGAACUCUAUGAGACAAAACAAUCCAGUUCUCGUGGAGCAGGCCCUUAUGGUGAGUCAUGAACUUAUUAGAGUAGCUAUCUUGUGGAACGAGUUGUGGCAUGAGGGACUUGAAGAAGCCUCAAGACUCUACUUUGGAGAACAUGAUACUCCAGGCAUGCUCAACACCCUCAAGCCGCUUCAUGAGAUGAUUCAAAACCCAGAGACUCUCAGUGAGAUUGCUUUCACUCAAGGUUUUGGAAGAGAUCUCCAAGAUGCCUGGGAGUACUGUAAAAAGUAUCAAAAGACAAGAAAAGAAAAAGAACUCUCUCAAGCUUGGGAUUUGUAUUAUCAUGUCUUUAGAAGAAUUAACAAACAAUUACCACACAUGAUGAAGUUGGAGUUGCAAAUUGUUUCACCAAAGCUCCUUGAAGCUAGCGAUCUUGAGUUGGCUAUUCCUGGAACAUAUAAGAGUGGCCAACAAGUGAUCAGAAUUGCAAGCUUUGCCCGUCAACUUAGAGUGAUUUCUUCAAAGCAAAGACCAAGAAAGCUUAAAAUCUUUGGUAGUGAUGGUAAUGAAUAUCAAUUCUUGUUGAAGGGACAUGAAGAUUUGCGUCAAGAUGAAAGAGUUAUGCAAUUGUUUGGACUUGUAAAUACAUUAUUGAAAAAUGAUCCAGAAACCUCAACUAGAGACUUGAGUAUUAAGAGAUACUCUGUCAUUCCUUUAAGCUCAAAUGCUGGUUUAAUUGGAUGGGUUGACAACUGUGACACAUUACAUGCUCUCAUUAAGGAGUUCAGAGACAGCCGAAAUGUCUUGUUGAACAUUGAGCAUAGACUUAUGCAACAAAUGGCUGUUGAUUAUGACAAUUUAACUCUCAUGCAAAAGAUUGAAGUUUUCGAAUAUGCUCUCGAAAAUACCACUGGUCAAGACUUGUACAAGGUGCUUUGGUUGAAGAGUCGAAACUCAGAAGUAUGGCUUGAAAGAAGAACCAAUUAUACUCGAUCAUUGGCUGUCAUGUCUAUUGUUGGUUAUAUUUUGGGUCUUGGUGACAGACAUCCAAGCAAUUUGAUGUUAGAGAAAUCCACUGGUAAAAUUGUACAUAUUGAUUUUGGUGAUUGUUUCGAAGUAGCCAUGCACAGAGACAAAUUCCCAGAAAAAGUGCCAUUCAGACUCACUCGAAUGCUCAUUAAUGCAAUGGAAGUAUGUGGAAUUGAAGGUACCUUCAAAUCGACCUGCGAAAGUGUCAUGAGAGUGUUGAGAGACAACAAAGAUUCUGUAAUGGCCAUGUUAGAGGCAUUCGUUCAUGAUCCUUUGAUUAAUUGGCGUUUAUUGGAAACUCAAACAGAAAAUGAAGAGGAAAAUAAUCAUGUACAAAAUCAAUCCAUGCAAAAUAUGACCCAUAACAUCCCACAAGACAUGAGCAAUGGCGAUUCUCAAGAAAAUGAAUCACCUCAAACUGUUUCUUCCUAUACUGAACAUGACAGCUUGCAUUAUCCUUCAAGAUCUGUUCGUGAAAAGAAUCUUCGUAGAACUUUGCAGAGUGAUGAAUCUGAAGAAGAAUCUUUAAAACAACCUGAAGCACUCAAUCAAAGAGCCCUUACAGUUAGUCAUAGAAUUGAAAGCAAGCUCAUUGGUAGAGAUUUUGUUGAUGAAGAUGAAGAAGAACCAACAGAUGAGGAACCAGUAACUCUUAACUGUUCAGAGCAAGUCGAAUUACUGAUCGAACAAGCAACAUCCAAUUCUAAUUUAUGCCAAAUGUACAUUGGUUGGUGUGCGUUCUGGUAA